CCGGGGUGCCAGUCGUCUGCAGAAAGACCGGGUGAGCAGUGGCACUGCCGUUGAUAUUGCGUCCAAGUCCUGCAGAGUCAUACUAUAACAAGUGAGUGUUAAACAGUUCCAGAAGAUGGCGAGCAGUUCGAUGACAGCAGUCGUAGUGUCACUGGGACUGUACCUGCUGCUGGUUGCGGCAGACCUACCUCCCGGGCAUCGCGCCGAACUUCGUCCUCAAUACCUGCGCGCCCAGGUGCUUCUGGACGAUGACGAGUUACCUGAACUCGCCAAACGCCAAUUUGAUGACUACGGACACAUGAGGUUUGGGAAGCGUGGGGACCCCGAGGAUAAGUUUGACGAUUAUGGGCACAUGCGCUUCGGGCGAGGAAGGGUAUGACCAGUAUCUCUGGUCUUAGAGGAGUUUUGUAAUUUUAAAUAAAUCUAUGCGUUCUAAA